AAACAACGCCUCCUGACGCGCUUAUACAACACUUUUAUGAAACAUUUUGCAUGUUGACACGUCUUCACCAUCAGCACUGAGCUGCACAUCAACAACAACGAGGACUUUAUUGUUGUUUGUUUAUGGUGACCAUGAUGCGUCUGCACGGGUCAACAGGCAUGAUGGUAGCAGCACUGUUGGCUCUGCUGGCUUUCUGUCAACAAUGUGCCUCAGCUGACAGUGAAGCUCCACCAGAGGUCUCUCAGUACAAUGGCACCCUGUAUGCAGCCUGCAAAAUGAGACCCAGCACCACACUACCUGACGGUCUGCCCAAAGUGUACGGCCAGGUGCUGUUCAAGCAGGAAUAUCCUCAGGAAAAACUCAGAGUCCUCAUUCGCAUCAAUGGCUUCCCUACAGACAGUGAUCCAGAGCCCAGGGCGGUGCACAUCCAUCAGUACGGAGACCUGAGCCGGGGGUGUGACUCCACUGGCGGCCACUACAAUCCACAUGGUGUGCACCACCCCAACCACCCUGGAGACUUUGGUAACUUUAAGCCCCAGGAAGGAAAAAUCAAUACCAUGAUAGAGUCCGAGGCAACGCUGUUCAGAGGGCUGUCUGUGAUUGGGAGAGCAGUGGUGAUCCAUGAGAAGGUGGACGACUUGGGGCGUGGUGGAGACGCAGGGAGCCUGCUGCAUGGGAACGCAGGCCGCAGGCUUGGAUGCUGCAUCAUCGGGAUAUCCUCCCCUAACCUGUGGAAUACGCACUAUAAGCUGUUUAACAGGCGGCUGAGGAGGAAUUAGUCUGAUGGUCAACAUACAGGAUUUGCCUCUGUAUUGAUUCAUUGUGUCCACUGUGUUUCUUGUCUGAUACCGACAAAUCAAUGACUUAAUCAAACCCCCCCUUUUUCCAAACAUUCAAGAGAAGAACUGCUCCAACUUCAUGUAAGAGUAUUUCCAAAAUACUAAGAAUAAAGUACAAUAACUCAGAUAUGUUUUUAUCCAUGAUUGCAGCAGGGUUGGUUUGUUUGGUCCACCACUUUGGUCCAGACUAAAUAUCUCAACUAUUAAAAUCUGGUGCAGAAAUGGUGCCCACACUAUGAAAUUAAAAUACCUUUCAUCUAGCACCACCAGCAGGACACAGUUUUCCAUUUAUCCUGUCAAAUAUCUCACAUCUACACACAGAUUCACACAGUUUGGUUCAGACCUUCAUAUGUAACAGGGUCAAUUAUACAGCAGUAAUAUGUGUAACAAAGUCAAAUGUACGUUUGUAAUAUUAAGUAUUAUAAUUCUACCUGACAUGCUCAGGCCUCCAUAAUCAAUAUGUGGAACAUUUGAUACUCAGUUUCUGUACCUCUGCAUUCAACUUUGGGGAAACUCACCUAUAUAAGAGUGUCUCCCGCCUGUCCUCUCCCCUUUUGCUGUUGUACUCCAUGGGAGAGGGGCUCGAGUUAUAUGGUUGUAAUUGACGGAGGAUUUUGUUUUUACCUCUUGCUGUCAGAGUUGUCAGGAAUAAACGGAGAUCACCUCCAAAUAUA